GCGGCAGCAGCAUCAAAGAGCCCCGAUUCCUGUCGCCCUGGGAGCCAUGCGCCGCUGUCUGUAAUGUCAGCGGAACAGGAGAAGGACCCCAUCGCGCUGAAGAGAUCCCGAGGUGGUGACGGUGGAUUGGAUGGGUUAGGAGGACCAGGAGUACAGCUCGGAAGCCCUGAUAAGAAAAAGCGCAAAGCAAACACACAGGGAUCUUCAUUUCCUCCUCCAUCUGAAUAUGCUCCACCGCCGAAUCCAAGCUCUGACCACCUUGUAGCUGCAAAUCCAUUUGAUGACAACUAUAAUACUGUGUCUUAUAAACCACUUCCUUCAGGAAAUCCUUAUUUUGGUAAUCCUGGUUAUCCUGGCUUUGGAGGCUAUAACACUUUCAGAAUGCCACCUCACAUGCUGCACAGAGUGUCCGCGCCAUAUGGUGGUUCCUAUUCCCUCAGAAACCAGCCACACCCUCUUCCUCAAAACCCUGUAGGAAUGGGUUUUAGUCGACCCCACUCUUUCAGCUUUGGUCCACAUGAUAGCCCAGGUUUUGUGAAUCAGCCACCUUAUAGUGGCAGUCAGAUAAAUCAGAGUGUCAGUAUGCCUGGUCAGCAUUUCAGACCAAAUCCUGGUGAGAACUUUGGCCAUUCUGGACAGAUACCUCAUCCUGAUGUGCCACCUAACUUUGGUCCUGGAAACAAUUCAAAUUUUCCAAAUUCUCAGCUAGAAUCAAGCCACUCUUUUGUUCCCCCACCAAGCACUUACAACCAGACAAAAUCAUCAGCACAAAAGCAAGACUUUAGUCUAGGUGCAAGCAAAGCAUCCGGCCAGAACACUACUGCUCUUCAGCAUCAUCACAGAACAGAGGACAUUGUGAGUCAAGGUAACAGUGACCUAAAAAAUGUUACUCGAAACAACGUGGUAAAUCAGGAUGGUAGCCAUUCUAAUAGUGCUGAUAACACUAAUGCUGGCCAUUCAAAUGGGACUCAGAGUAAGUCCCGCCAGCCUCGAGGUACCACUGAAGGAUGCAACUCUGAAAAGAGCAGCAAAACACCCCUUCAUCCCAGUCGGCAUGGUCACUCGUCCUCUGAACCCGUCUAUCCGUGUGGAAUUUGUACACAUGAAGUUAAUGAUGACCAGGAUGCGAUCCUGUGUGAAGCCUCUUGUCAAAAAUGGUUUCAUCGAAUCUGUACUGGCAUGACUGAGUCAGCUUAUGGCCUUCUUACAGCAGAAGCAUCAGCAGUGUGGGGUUGUGAUACGUGUAUGGCUGAUAAAGAUGUCCAGCUAAUGCGUACAAGAGAGACUGCAGGGCCGCCUGCGCUGAAUACGGAUGGCUAACAAUGUCAAUUGGUGGUACUGCUUACUAUGAAGAUUUGGUUGUGAAUACUUUCUGUUCCGAAGACAAUCGAUUUGUUUGAUUGCUGUCAUGUUAUUUUCCACUAUCUGUUUUCGUUCAUGAAGUUCCAUCUCAACUUUUGUACUCUUAACUUUGUGUGUGCAAAUAUUUUACAGGGUGGAAUUCUUUUUGUUUCUGACAACCAAUUAGAAAUAGGAUGUGCAUUGACAGUUUUAUUGAAGGCAAAAAUAGGCCUUUAUGAAUAGUCCCUGAUUUGCUAGUAUUGAUGUGUUAACUAACACUAGCUUUUACUAUUCAAUUUUAAUGGUACUGUACUUGCAAGUACUCAAUGCUUUUUUUUUUCCUUUCUUCUAUUGUUGAAUGUCCAUUACUGACGUUCUUGACAUCUUUUCCUUGAAUAUCAUGGAGAUGACGUGGAGGAAGUGUGCAGUACUAAUAGUUUGUAUUUUUUUAGAAUAAAUAAGAGGAUUUUGUA